AUGACUGACGGAAAAGAAACAACCCCUAGGAAAUUUCAGGUUCCCAACACUGGUAUUCAAGCAGUCCAUGUCAACAAUGCACGAGACAUGGUAGAAUUACAUACAAGAGGAAGGUUACCACAUGGCCAGCAAACGGAAAGAACAACCCAAACCAGCUCAGUGAAACGAAGUAUGAAGGUACCAAUUGGAAGUGCCUCCAAAUCAUCUCCUAAAAUAACAGUGCCCUCUGGAAUGCAUGAAGGCAAUUGUCUGAAUCCACAAUGUGAUCAUUGUGGUCAAGUGAUAAUACCAUCGCCACGUUCAUCAUUCCCAUUCAAAGAUCAACCUUCAAUAGCAGUUGAUGAAUGGAAUAUUUUCACUAUAAAACAACCAAUACUUAGCUCCCAAGAAAUAGAUGAUUUGAAUGAUACUAGAUUUCAAUUUCCGCUCCCAGAGAUGAUAUUUGGGAAUAACAAAGUAAAAAUAGUCCAUGGAAAGACAGAAGAAGUAAUAGAAUUCAACGCUUUGGAUGCAUUGGAUUCUAUGGAUCUGAGCUCUAAUUUGAAAGUAAGCUAUCAUAAGGAAUGGCUAAGUUCUAGAAGGACUUCAUCGCUGCUGGUGGCGAAUAACAAAGAUAGUUCUAGUAAAGAUUUGACGAGAUUAACUGAUAUGGAUAGCUUGAAACCUUUCGACUGGACAUAUUCACCUAGAUACAAGGGAACGACAAAUAUUGAAUUUAGGCCAACUACAAAGCAGAUUCCAAUUGCCAAGUUAAUGAAACAAGAGCCUAUAUUAUUCUUUGACGAGUCUGUUUUAUACGAAGAUGAGUUAGGAGACAAUGGAAUAUCAAUCUUGUCAACCAAAAUAAGAGUUAUGCCUUCCUGCUUGCUAUUGCUUUGCAGGUUUUUCUUGAGGAUUGAUAACGUAAUAUUUAGAAUCAGAGAUACAAGAGUUUAUGUUGACUUUGAAUCAAACGAGGUUUUGAGAGAGUACAAGGUUCAAGAAAGUCUUUAUAGCUCUCUUAUCUCUAAGGCAAAACUGACAAAUGAUCCCAAAAGCUUGUUUCGGGACAUGAACUGGGUAUCUCAAAAUAUGCCCGUCAUUAGUCGUGAAGUUGAGAUAAGAAUUCCUCCCUCAGCCAUAGCUUAG